GCCGCUUUACACAGUAUGGCCGGCGAUAUUAGCUAGCGCUCGCUCAAUCGCGUUCUCUGUAACAGGGGAAUCGAUAUAACGGGAAAUAAGAGACUGCAUCGGAGGAAUUCACUAUAUCCAUCACAUACAGAAACACCCAACAUCGACCACCAAGCUUAACACCUCAUAGAACCUUCCGAACGCCGAGGAAGAAGCUAAACACUAAGAAUAUUCUAGAAUCAUUUAAUUUUUAACACGAAAAGGAAAAAUCGGGCGUGGGAGGAAAGUAAUAUAAGCAGAUAUCUAUUUUCCGUUUCUCGUUAUUUUCUGCGUUGUUAGUGGGUCUCCGGCUGCUGGGGGCGAGAUGGAGGACAGCGCCGCGCACUUCUUUGAGGGCACAGAGAAGCUGCUGGAGGUCUGGUUCAGCCAGCACGAUGAGACCAAAGGAUCCGGAGACCUUCGGGACAUCCCAAGGUUUGAGUGGGACAAACUUUUGGAGAAUGUCCAUUGUUUGAUCAUAAGUGUGACAAAAACUGACAAGCAGGAAGCUUAUGUACUCAGUGAGAGUAGCAUGUUUGUCUCCAAGAGACGUUUCAUUUUGAAGACAUGUGGUACCACCCUCUUACUGCAAGCACUGGUUCCCCUGUUGGAGCUCGCUAGGGAAUACUGUGGGUUUGAUGACAUUCAGAACUUCUUUUAUUCACGAAAAAAUUUUAUGAAACCAGACCAUCAGGAAUUCCCACACAGAAAUUUCCAGGAAGAAGUUGAAUUCCUAAACGAAAUUUUUCCAAAUGGUGCAGCUUAUUGCAUGGGACGCAUGAAUUCUGACUGCUGGUACCUGUACACCCUAGAUGUUCCGGAUGGGUUUCUCAUCAACCAGCCAGAUCAGACACUGGAAAUUUUAAUGAGUGAGCUUGACCCAGAGAUCAUGGACCAGUUCUACAUGAAAGAUGGUGUUACUGCAAGUGAUGUCACUCGUAUGAGUGGAAUUCGUGACCUGAUACCAGGUUCUGUCAUUGAUGCUACAAUGUUCAGUCCUUGUGGCUAUUCAAUGAAUGGGAUGAAAUCAGAUGGAACUUACUGGACCAUUCACAUCACUCCAGAGCCAGAAUUUUCCUAUGUUAGCUUUGAAACCAAUGUCUCGCAAACUACUUAUGAUGACCUCAUUAGUAAAGUUGUGGAUGUUUUUAAGCCAAGGAAAUUUGUUACCACCCUUUUUGUUAAUCAGAGUUCCAAAUGUCGCACAACAUUCACUUGUGCACAGAAGAUUGAAGGCUUCAAGCGACUUGAUCGCCAGUUCGCUCAGUUCAACGAUUAUAAUUUCGUCUUCACCAGUUUUGCAAAGAUCCAGUUACAGCAGAGUUGAUUAGUAAA